AUGGCGUGGAAGAUGGGAUUCUUGGGACGGUGGAGAGAGGGGGGGAGGGCAAAAAGGGAGGUGCUGUCAUUGAAGCUAAAGGCAAACGAUCUUGAAGUUGGGUUUUCGAAGGGUCCGGACGCUGCGGAUGAGAGUCCCAUAGUGCUGUUGUGCUUGCCGGCUUCAAUGACUGCGGUGCAACGAAUCAGGGUGCACACAGAUGAAGGCUUGCUUAGUCCUCGUUGCAAGCGGUCCUCACGGGUCGUCCUCGCUGCGCUGCAUCUGCACGUGCAAAUCACACUCGAUUCGAUUUGGCUUUCUAUUAGCGGCGGCCUUAGGAGAGCUAUUCCCGCAGGAGAAGAAAGUCCACGCGAGGAGAGGCCAAGGGCCCAAGAGGGCUCUGAGGGAGAGAUGCGACGCUGCCACGCCCAAACAAACGAAGUGUCAACAGCACGCAGCACGCUGAAGUACGUACGAAAGGUACAAGGAAAGAGACGACGGCUCUCCGACCACAGAGACAGACAGGUAUACCGCAGCCCGAGAGGCGACUCAAGCUCCGAACUUAUCCCGCAAACAGAGUUCCUCCAAUUGCCCCGACAGCCAGCCCUGUUGAGCCGGCCUGCUCCGACUCGCGAGCCCCGUCACAGCCCGUCACAGCCUGUCGUCGCCUCUACUCAGUACUGGACCAGACUACAACCAGUACGGGUGGCUGACCAGCGCCUGCAGCCACCGCUGCAUAUCAGCCCACAACACCACUUCUCGCAUGCUUUCAAGGGCGAAGAAGGGUGCUCCUCGUCCGAUGAGGACCCUCCCAUCCGGAUGGCCCAAUCACUGCCCUCCCACUUGACCCAAUGCAAACCAUGUCUGUGUCAGUUGCGUCCACUGAUUGCAGAUCUGCUCUGGAAUGCAGAUGCGCAACUUGGAUUGCCUUUUCGGCUACUACUCGAUUUUCACGGCCGGCCGAUUUAUAUGUCUUCUGCAGCCCUGUCUCGCAUCCCCAAUGAACAAGAAACUCGGGGCCCUCCGCCAUCUCACAUUGCUCUCGUACUUUCUGCCCAGAGGCCCUUCUCGACUCCAUUCGUAGUCGCACCAUCUGUCCGUGAUCCUCGUAUGACACGAACCUCAGCUGCGGAUUACUUCUCCAGCCCAACACAACGGCCUCCAAUCAACACCAUAUCUACCUACGAUUGGGACAACAUCUCAGACCCAACGCUAACUUCCGACUCGGGCGACUCCUUAUCCUCGCCAACGUCACCGGACUCCAUCAUCUUCCCUCAGAACUGCUACACUCUCACAAAGGACGAGUGUAACCCCAUCAUCAAGUCCGAACAACCAUCCAACUUCGGCACCUUCGAAGACUGGAUGCGCUGGGACGACCCCUCUGACGCGGCGCUGUCCCCAACCUCCACGGACCAGAACUACUUCCCGGACUUCAAACUUGAGCCUACCUCCCCUAACAUGAGCAUGAACGGUCUCGAACUCCAGGGUGGCAUCUCAUCCAAUCAAAAUAACAUCCAAUCCACAGAAGACUCAGUCAUCUUCGGCGAAGUGAGCGAAGAGCCACUGUUCCAAACACCAGGUAGAUCCUCACUCAUCACUCCUCCUCUCGACCUCUUCAUAUCGCGAGAAAAUCUUUAUUCCACGCCAUUGAGCUGGGCAAGGCCGCAACAGAAAGCAAACUCCUACGCGAACUUAACGCCACAAGAAGAAACCAAACUCCGCAAUAUUGCCAUGCCUCCAACCCAACAAUCCCCCACGUCGCAAGACGCAGACAAAUACCCCGCAUCCCCAUCUUUGUCCCCAUCACCUGAACCAAGCAACAUGAACAGGAGGAAGAGAAAAUCAACCGUUGGAGACGACGAGGGAGAGGAUUCGCCGCCCCCGACAUCCAAUAGCAGCAGACCUGUGAAAAAGACAGCGCACAACAUGAUUGAAAAACGCUACCGCACAAAUCUCAACGAUAAAAUCGCCGCCCUUCGAGAUUCUGUUCCCUCAUUACGUGUCAUGGGCAAGAAGAAUUCUCGAGGAGAACUCCACGAGGAUCUGCAGGGCCUGACGCCGGCGCACAAAUUGAACAAGGCGACUGUUCUCUCCAAAGCCACAGAAUACAUCGCGCAUCUGGAAAAGCGGAAUCGAUACCUGGUCAAAGAGAACGCUGCGCUGAAGAGCCGCGUCGACGCUUUUGAGAUCCUGGUCAUGUCGAGGCAGCAGCCGGGCCAGCAGCAGAUGCAGGUGCAGGCGCAGAAGAGGGAGCAGCAGCGGCGGCAGUCGAGUCACGGGAUAAUGGGCGGGCAGCAGUAUAUGAUGUGA